GAUGAAUUCGAAAAGAGUGGACAUCGAGUUUCUUGGGACAACAUUUGGAAAGCCUUACACUUUGCAGACGAAUGUUUAUAUAAGAGGGAGUGGAGAUGGGAGAAUUAUAGGCAGAGAGAUGAAGUUCCAUCUCUGGUUUGGUCCUACCAAAGAUAAAGUUCGAGAACCCAGCCACCAUCGUCACAGUGACGAUCUCGUUCGAACCGGCCUCCACUGUCGUUGGAUUGUCGCCGCCGGAGAUCCGCCGUCCGUCUGCUGUCUUUCCUCCACGCAGCCACCCAGAAUCGCGUUUGAGCCGGCUUCGAAGAAAGCAAAACCUAGACGCCGGAGGUGUGCCGUGUCUUCUCUCCUUCAAGCCACCGUGCCGCCGCCGUUGAGCCGUAGUUCGAAAACAAUAUCUUGCCGUCGUCCCAACCACCCAAUGACGUCGAAGGUCUGCCGGAGUACCUUUCUAAAAGAUUUGAUGGGAACUCUAAACUGAUUGCGUUACCGUUAAUGGAUUUAAAGCUACUUAUGCAAUUAAGGAUGGUGCGGAAGGACCGAGAGGAUGGAAGGUAUUUCCUCUCCCUUUUCAUUUUGCUGUUUUAUAGUUAUAACUUUUGAAUUUAAAAUGUCAUUUUUUUUUCUACUCUUUAGUGUUCUAACACGGAAUGGAAUUCUGCAGAGUAGUGGUCUUCCUUGGUUAACACCAAACAAGACAUUGAGUUUGGAUAAUCUAACGCAUGCUAUAUAUCUGAAGUAAUUAGAGAUUCAUUUGAUGGUGUUGCUGUUACUCCUGGGAUUGCUGCAGUGGCUGCUGGACUGAGCCUGUUAGCUUUUUCUGAGGUUAAUCCUAAGUUAUCAGUGACAUUUUAUUCUCUUUCCAACUUAGUUUUUAGUCAAUUAUUUGUCACAAAACAUGUUUUAUUGCUCCACCACAUAAUCAUCAUCAUGAAUGUGUUUUGUUAAUAAUGCUAUUUAUCAUUAAAUCACAUUUUACGAUAAUGAGCAUAGAACACAGUUCGAAAAGUAUUGACAGUCCUCAUUUUCCAUUUGCACGGUUGUUCUUAUGGCACUUCACAUGCCUCCAUCA